UUGCUUAUCACGACAACUUCCAUGGUCAAGUGACUACACACAAUUACUAAUUCGUCCAUAUUGUAAUGAGUAAUUUCAAAGGUACUUAAAAUGGUGUUGUCGUAAAAUGCAUCGAUUUUAAUACGAGUAAAUUAGAAAUGGCGAAAGUUUCAUCGAGUAUUCCUAUAUUUAAUAGUUUUUUGGGAUGUUUUUCUCUGGAAAAUGGCACCGUUUUUAUUUUAUGGGUAUCUGUGAUAAUGGGGCUAUUGAUGAUGUUCCUGCCAUCAGGCACAGUAAAAAUUGCUGGCAGGACUCCGUCUCCUGAGUUUUGGAAAUCGUUAUCAGAGACUCAAGAUUCAUGGACGAGUGUACUGGGUGAGACUGCUAAUCUUGUGCCUGAAAUCAGAGAUCCUGGCAUGUUUGAAGCAGAGAUAGAAAUAGGCAACAACUGGAUUAAUUUUCCUUUGGGUUUGAUAACUAUAGCAGUUAGUGGAAUGGCAUUGUAUGGUAUAUUUGAAGAUAAUGAUGUUAAAUAUAUAUUUCCAUAUCUUUCAUGGAUUCUUGCCUGUUUUGUGAUCUUCAUCAUGAUAGGAUUAUUUUCUCCACUAGCACUCGUCAUUCUAGGAUUUUUAUUCGCUUUAAUUAGUUUAGGUUUCUUCAUAUAUUGUUUAUUAGUUGUGUACAGUUUUUACACAGUUUCCAGAAUGAAAGGUGGUCGAUAUCAAAAAGCAGCAUUAACUGCUUGAAAAACUUACCUACCUAUCAAGAAAUUUACACCCAUCCAUUUAAUACCUAUAUUCUCAUUUUUAUAAUACAUGACAAGAAUAAGUUAAAUUAUUGGCAUUGUUUUUAUAUCAAAUUCAUACGAUGGUGAUGAUUUUAAAGAUAUACCUGUAGUCCUGUAUAGAUAAUUUUAUUUGUACUUGUAAAAAAUGAACGGUUAUAUUUACAUAUCGAAAUCAAUACCUACACAAUUCGUAAUAAAUCGUACCAAUUGCAAAGUUUCCCCAGUUACACAUUUGGUUCGGACAUGACUACAACGUUUAAAGGUGAUUUAUGACUCAAACUUUACACAACGGCUAUUUGAACUCUUCGUUGUGCUUACGUCUUCAUCUUAUAGGUUAUUUCAGGAUACGUUUGUAGUAAUUUUUCAAAAAAGUAAAACUAUUUUUUUUUGGACAGA